GCGCCCUGGGCGGCGCGCGGCGGGAGGCCGUUGGGUGCGCGGGGGCCCUACUGGACAUCGCCACGGUCGCCAUGCAGCUGACUGUGAAGGCACUCCAGGGCCGCGAGUGCAGCCUGCAGGUGCCAGAGGACGAGUUGGUGACCACGGUGAAGCAGCUGGUCUCCGAGAAGCUGAACGUCCCUGUGCGCCAGCAGCGGCUGCUGUUCAAGGGCAAGGCCCUAGCAGAUGGGAAACGACUGUCAGACUACAGCAUUGGGCCCAAUUCCAAGCUCAACCUGGUGGUGAAACCUCUGGAGAAGGUACUACUAGAAGAAGGGGCCGCCCAGAUUGUGGCUGAGCCGCCACCGCUGCCUGUGUGGCAGCUAGUGGCCAAAGUCCUAGCCCGCCACUUCAGUGCUGCAGAUGCCAGCAGGGUCCUGGAGCAACUGCAGAGGGAUUAUGACAGGUCCUUGAGCCGCCUGACACUGGAUGACAUUGAACGCUUGGCCAGCCGCUUCCUGCACCCGGAAGGGACUGAGGCUCUAGAGAAGGGGUUCUCCAAAUAGCAUUCCCGGAUGUUGGGGAGGAGCUCGAGGCCAGACCACAGCUGCAUGUUGCAUUAAAUGUGUUCUCAUGUUGCAGUUUGGCUCCUGAUAGAAACAGCUGGUGUGUGCCCAGCUCUUGCUAGGUGCUAGGCGCCCCUCAUGGCCCUUCGCCCAGCUUCUCUCCCACCCUGCAGCAGAGGUGAGCCUGGACGACGGAGGGGCCCAGCAGCAAUGUGGACAAGUGCCUGGCGUGAGGAGGUUUGGGAGGCCGUGGGCAGGGAGGGUGGGUGUCAGGACUCUGCGUCCAUACCUCGUGUGACCCUCCCAGGCCUGAUAGGAACAGGUGACCACUGCUGACCGGCUCUCCUGACCUCUACUGAGUCUGGCAGAGCCCUCGGCAAACCUGCACAGAGGCCAGGUGCCAGCCAUCGCAUGCCCCUGGCCGCUGCAAUCCGUGUGGCAUGCUCCUGACAAAGGGGCAGGAAAUUAGGGGUCAGGGAGUUGGGAAGUCACACAGCGCUGUGGCAUGACUUGGAGCAAAUUGCUGUGCCGUUUCGUUGCCAGCCAGCAAAUCUGCAGUGAGAGCCACUUCUCCAACCUGAAUCCCCUUCCUCCUUUCCCAGCCCAGGGUGGGAGCUCUGUGGGACCUCCGCCCUUGUGUGCAGUGACAAACUGAAGCCAGAAGUGAAGCCAUAGCCAAGCAUGGGCUGGACAGGAGGUGUCCCGGCCCUCGGGGACACAACUUUCCUCUGGGCCCCUUGCUCGCCUUCUCCUGCUGGAAGUGGUGGCAGGCAGUGACUCAGUGAGACAGUGGCACCCAGCACUUCUCCCACUGUGUGUGUCUACUUGAAACCCCCUCGCCGCCUCCAAGGGAAGCUCAGGGUGCUGGAAGGCGGUGAAGGUAUGGGCUGGUAGGCACCAGGGCACAGAUGCCAACGCCUCUGUCAGUGUCGGCCCCUUAGAGGCAGCUGCCCCUGCCUGGGCCUUGGUGAAAUGUCACCGGGUCCCCAUACAGGGAAGGUGACCACACCGCUGGGGAUACCGUGCAACAGGGAGCCGCUGAGAUUGCAUAGCUUGUGAUGCUGUUGUUUCUUUGCAGUCAGGGAAUGUGUUCUGAGAAGAACACUAAAGGUGUGCAUGUGCAGGAAACUGAGCCACAAAGAACUGUUAGCAAGGCUGCUUCCGGUUGCCAGUAACUGGCUUAACAGUAAAGGAAACUUCCUGAUGAGCCGCAGCACAGGAACAAUUUGCCUAGAUUCCCAGCCUCUUCCACCUCCCUCUACUUUCUCUGCUUCCGGCUUCAUCCCAGGCCACCCCUCCACGGAGCACUUGUUUCUGUAGUAUAGCUUCUGUCUCAGAUGCCCCAGCAAAUAAACGCUAUCGUGUCACUGGUCA